AUGCAAAAUUAAUAAAUUUGUGAAGGAAGGAAAAUUGAUUUUGGUUGGUUGACUUAUGCUAAGCAUGAUUAUCAAAGUCUUCUUAUUAAAUCUUUUAGAUAAUAAUUCAAAGAAGAAUAAUAGAAUAUAGCAAAUAAGGAACUGAUUACGGAUGAAAUGAUCAUGAGUCUUUGUUUGAGUAUUGAUUAAAAGAAAGAAGAAAUGGUAAUGUAAAAGAAGAGUAGUGUUACAGGUGGUUAUUUGGAUAGAUAAGUAAAAUUUGAGAAGCAUUUACUUUAACAACUUAAAGAUCAUAAGCCUGUAAAAACAUUUCCUCUUUAUUAAAGAGUAUAUGUUGAAACCAAAGCUGCUGAUUAAAAGAUUUGGUUUAACAAAAAUGGUGAUAUGGCAAGGUUAUUAAUAGAAUUCGAAAAAGGACAUUCUAGUGUCUAUAUAUAUAGAAAAGAUAAAAACUAGGCAAUUAAAUGGUAAAGAUAUUUGAUAAUUGAAAAAUUAUUGUAAAUAAAACCAAAAUUAGUAGCAAGAUGUUUUGAAUAUUGUUAUUAAGAAUACGAAGAUAAAUUUACAUAUACUUGGGCAUUAUCAUUUUCUGAACUUUUGGGAAAUUAUGCAGCAUUAAUGAAUCAAAAGAAAAAGCAAAAAGCUAAAUUAGAUGAAAACUUUUUAAUUUCUCUAGAUAGAUAAGUGAUCAAUUUUCAUAUAAAAAAAUGGUAAGCAAAGAGUGAGAAAUAAUAUAAAGAUGAAUUAGAUUAUUAAGAGAAAUUAAAGUAAUUAUCAUUAAAAGAAUAAGAAUCAUUGAAAGCCACUGAAAAAUAAAAAGAUUUAGAAAGAUAAGCAAAAGAAAGGAGAAGAUUAGAAUUAUUAGAAUAAAUGAUCACUUAUGUUAAACCUAAGAAUUAAGAAAUUAAACGAUUUUAUAAAUAUUGGUAGGAUAGAGCAAUUCAUAUUCAUAAGAAUAAUCCAAAGAAGUUUUCUAUCAAAUUUAUUAGUAUGUACAUUUAGAGUAAUACAAAGUUGAUAAGACCUUAAUUAGAAGUAAGAUUUAUAUCUGAAGUAUCUUUAUAACAAAUUAUUAUAGAGGACAGAGAAUACAAAAGAUAUUGAAAAUUAAAAAGUGUUAGAUGGAUUACAAUAUAAUAUUAAUUAAAAUCCUUAUUACACAACUCGUUUACUAGCUUAGAUGAGUUAAUAAAGAAGAAAAGACUAUACGACUUGGACUUUUAAAGAUGGUUUACUUGGAUUAUGUGGAAAUAAAUCAAUAAUUGUUGAGAAUUUAGGAUUUAAAGAUUUUCUGGACCUUCAAGUUAUAGAGACAAUCAGUAUAUAUAAAUAAUUAUAAUACAAGAAACUAAUACAGCUUCAUAAGUUUUAAGAAUAUAACUAUAGGAUUUGGUUUAAUUUAUUUAUGAAGGUCGAUCAUUUUGGGUAUAAUUAGAAUUUGGACCCUCUAAAAUAUUUGUAGAAAUGGAUAUACUUGAACAUUCAAACAUAGAUCCUAUUUUCCUAGAUAGAUUGAAGUUUAUAUAAUUAAAUAGUAUACUCAGAAAAAUAGCUGUAAAUUUCAUUGAAUAAAGAACUCCAGUAAUUAAUUGAUAUCUUAUAUAUAUAUAGAAUCCAAUUGUUGAAACUGUGAGAUCUAGUCUAGAAGUGGAGAGAUUUGGUGAUGAAAUUCAAAAUCUAUAUUAAGGAUUUUAUAUAGAAAAUAUUUGUUUAUAGCCACAAUGUUUUCCUUCUACUUGGUUUCAAUCUUUGAAUGGAAUGGAUAAAGUUGUCAAACCUAUUAUUGAAAUACUUCAGUUACAUUUCUAAGGAUUUGUUGAUCCUGGUGAAAACGUAAAGAUUUAUCAAUAAUUAAAAUUAAUUCCUAAUUUAAAUUUACCUUUAGAGAAAGAUCUUAUUGAAUUUAUGAACAAAUUACCUAUUAUUUAAGCAAAUUAACAUAAAUAAUGUUAAAGCAUGUUAACAACAUUUUUAAUUUAUUGUAAUGUUAGAGGAAUAUAAUUAAAUGUUUCAAUACUUAAUACUUUAUUUACAAUAGCUAAUAAAUUCAUUUGUAUCACUUUUAGCCACUUUUUUUAUAAAUUAUCAAAUCCUGUUUUUGGAAAUUAAUUCUAAUCUGAAGCUUAAGCUUUUUGGCUUUUUGUUUCAUUCUUAGAGUUAAUGAGAAAUAUUAAUUUUCCAUUAACCAAAACAGAUGUCUUAUUUUCUCCUUAAAAUAUUGUAAUUUAAUUUUUAGAUUACCAACAUAAUGAUUUGAUCAAACAUUUUAAAAAUUAUGAUAUUGCAAUUGAAGAUAUCAUUUAUGAUAUAUUAAUUAGUUUUUAUACUAAUAUAGUUUAAUCCUUGCCUUUAUAUAAUAUUUGGAGUUUAAUCAUUAGAAAGAUAUCUACAAAUAAAAAUGCUUAUCUCAUUGUUUUGAUUGUAUUUAUUGAAGAAUUAGGAGAUCAGCUACUGUAUUGCUAAAAUACAGAAGAUUUAAAAAAUGCUCUCUCUUUACAAGGUUAUAAAUUAAUAAAAUAAUUUAGCUUAACUUAUGGAUAUUUUACAAGUAGAAGCAGCGUAUUCUAACUGUGAAUCCAACUUAAAUAGAAUUAUAAAUUCUGAAAGAUCAAUACAUUAAUCAAUCUAGCAUUCUAAUAUCCAUGACCCUUUGAUAUAGGAUUAAUGA